AUGUAUUCACGUAAAAGCUUUCGCCCUUCUAGCAAUUCCACUUACAAUUUUAAGUCGGCAGUUCGCGAUGGAUAUACAGCGCAGCAACAGGAACAGUAUACAAAAUAUUUAAAAAAGCUAAAAAGUGAGUUCGACGAACGUUGGUGCAAGAAACAAAGAUUCAGUGUGGAAAUAAGUGAAACGGAGACAGUAACAACAUUAGGGACAGGAGCGUUCGGUAGGGUACUGUUAUUAAAGCAUAAGAAGAGCCACAGGCUAUAUGCUAUGAAAGUAUUAGAAAAAGAAAAGAUAGUAAAAAUGAAGCAAGUAGAACACACACUUAACGAAAAACGCAUUCUCGAAUCUAUCAGAUUUCCUUUUACAGUCUAUAUGGAAUUCACUUUCAAGGACAACACGUAUGUGUACUUCAUAAUGCCAUUCGUAUCAGGCGGUGAAAUGUUCACCCAUUUACGACGAAUGGGCAAAUUUGAUGAACCUUUGGCUAAAUUUUACGCUACCCAAGUAAUUUUGGCCUUGGAAUAUCUGCAUUUCUGUAGCCUAGUUUAUCGUGACUUAAAGCCUGAAAAUAUAAUGAUCGAAAAAACAGGCUAUCUAAAAAUUUGUGAUUUUGGAUUCUGUAAAGUGUUGCAAGGGCGCACAUGGACGUUGUGUGGUACUCCUGAAUAUUUAGCACCCGAAUUAAUAUUGAGUAAAGGUUAUGGUUUUUCUGUUGAUUGGUGGUCAUUUGGAGUAUUGCUUUUUGAAAUGAACGCUGGAUAUCCCCCUUUUUAUGCAAAUGAUUCGAUGAGGACCUACGAGAAAAUCGUCAGUGGUAAGUAUAGAUGUCCAUCUGGUUUCAGCACUGAUCUUAGAGAUUUAAUUCGAAAUAUUCUUCAAGUUGAUAUAAGCCAUCGUUAUGGUGUAAUGAGAAAUGGUGUAAUGGAUUUUAAGAAUCAUAAAUGGUUCAGAGGCAUUGAGUGGGAUUCGGUACUCAACUGUCGAACUCAAUCACCAUUUAUACCAAAAUUUAAAUGUCCUGGUGAUACCACGAAUUUCGAUCGAUACGAAGAUGAACCCUUGGUGCAACAUACUCGCUGUCGUUUUGAAUCAGAAUUUAUAGAUUUUUAA